AAGUAAGUAAAAAGUAAAACAAAUCGCUACAGUACUAACAACUAGUAAGUAACCUAACCAGUAAUGGAACAUAACUAGAUCUAGAGCAGCCUAGGAGUAUUCAUGAAAAAAAAUUAUAAUCACCAUUUUCGUCUGCUGGAAUUUUAAGAAUACUGGGAAAUACAAAUCACUUUCAAAGUUUGGUUCUUUGAUUAAAUAUGGUGAAAUCGGAUUGUGAACAUUGCAAGACAUGGGAAGAGGACAUGUAUUGGAAACAUUUCAACACUUUGCAUUUUUUUGUGACUUUAUCACCGAAUUUCCAGGAUCAUCUUGUGUUGCCGGAGAAAUUUGCCGCCCACAUGAAAGCUCAUUUGCCCGAUAGAGUGUCUGUCAAAGGUCCAAGUGGUGCUUUGUGGCAGAUACAGCUCUUGAAAUCCGGUGAUCUUCUUUUUGUUGGAAAUGAAUGGAAAGAUUUUGUUAAAGCUUAUGAUCUGAAAGAAAAUUGCCUCUUGAUGUUCAAGUAUGAGAGGAACUCUCGUUUUGAGGUCUUAAUCUUUGAUAACGGGAGUUUUUGCGAGAAAGAAGCUACCUACUUUGUUAAGCAAGGUAGUGGUACUAUGUCUGAACAGGAAGAUAAAAAAAGGAGGACCGAAGGAGAAGUUGUCAGCACUGAGAUUAUGGAGGAUGAUAAUGAAGAAGAUUCUACCCCUGUUGUAUCUAAGAAGCCCAGAAAACACAGUGAAUUGAUGGCGUGCUCUCGAGAAAAAUUGGACACUCAAAUUAACGUUCUUUAUGCGACUGCAAGAGGUAGAGGCAGACCAAGAAAGAUAAAAUCUAAUAUUCAGCCAUGUGGAGAAGUCCGUCAUAUUCCAGAGUGGAACUUGGUUAGCGUUGUACAAGAUGAAAGUACGCCAGACGUAGAUCGUCCUCCCAAAUUGGAGGCUCAUUCUGGUGAGCAUCGUUGUGCAGAUUUUCUUCGAGCGCCAGACGUAGAUCGUCCUCCCAAAUUGGAGGCUCAUUCUGAAAUAGAGCCUUUUAGAAUCGACUCGUUCAAGGAAGUGAUCACUCCCAAAACUUUUGAAUAUUCCCCGGUUACAGAUUGUUUUCCCCGAGUCGAUGGUCAAACAAGUAAGCUAAUGUCUUUCGGGACAUCAGUUGCUUAUCACAGACAACAUUCCCCAAAGGAGAUUCAUCCUUGCCAAUCUCGCGGGAAAUGUGGCAGACGGAAGAAGUUUCUGUCGGGAAGUGCUUCAAAUGAAAUCAGUCUUCCUAAGGAGUACAAAUCGACUAGAAGGGUGGUAACUGAAAAAGAGAAGGAGGACGCUUUGCAGAGUGCGCUUCAGGAACAGACUGACGCUAGUUUCACUGUUGUAUUGCCGCCUUCAACUGUUUACCGGAGAUUUUUCUUGACUGUUCCUGCAGCGUGGCAAAGUAAGCGUCGUCUUCGUAAUCUCCAAGAAGUUAUUCUUCGUGUUGGAGAAAAAACAUGGCACACUACGUUUUUAUGCUAUGGCAAGAAAGGGGGGCUCUCAGCAGGGUGGAAGACAUUUGCCCUUGACAAUUUCUUGGAGGAAUUCGAUGUCUUAGUCUUUAAACCGGUUAGCCGUUCAGAUGAGGUUGUUAUGAUGGAUGUUGCCAUUUUCAGAGUGGUUUCAACCAUUAGUUCUCUUAUUCCCAUUGCUUAUUAUUAGGCUACUUCCGCGAGUAGCUUGUUCAAUGAUAUAUAGGAAGUGUGCGUCCUUGGCCGCUAAGACCCUGAGUGUAUACAGUAUAUAUACGUUAUGAUACAUUCGAUCCAAUGUAACAUAAUUCGUCUUUUGAAUUUAAGAUUCGCUUAAAUUUGCCCAAGAAUAGCCCAAAAUCGACAAUUAUUUGCUUUUUUCGAUUCAUUCGUGAGGAGAUAAAGCGAAUCAUGUGACACUGAAUUUUGAUCACUUGUUAUGAAGGUAAAAUGUAUCUCCUUAACUUGAAAA